AUGGGGGAGAGGUUGCAAAGUCAAAAAAGCUAUGUUUGCUCAUUUUUUGAUUGUAGAGCUAAAUUCAGCAAGUCAUGGAAGCUAGAGGCUCAUCUUUGCAAACACACAGGAUUGAAACCAUUCUCCUGUGAGAACUGUGACAAGAGCUUUUGCACUCGCUAUCAACUCACCAGGCAUGAGCUCAGUCACAGCGGGGAAAAACCACACAAGUGUUUGGCUGAUGGGUGCUCUGAGGCCUUUGUCACAAAUGCCAGCAUGAGGAACCACAUGGCUCGAGUUCACCAGCAGAAGGAGAAGCGAUAUCAAUGCGGCCACCAGGGCUGUGGAAAGGAUUUCAACAAGAGGAACCAACUUCAAGCACACAAGUGUGAGCACCAACAGCUUCUGCCUUUUCAUUGUUCUUUCAGUGGCUGUACAAAAGAAUUUCCCUCUCAUGGAAAACUGAAACAUCACGAGAAAGUGCACCAAGGUUACCCUUGUGAGGCUGAAGCGUGUCCUUUCCAGGGAAAGACAUGGACAGAAUAUCUGAAGCACAGAAAAGAACAUAAAGUCAAGGUGCUGUGUGGAGAGUGCAAAAAGCAGUUUAACAACACCUGGUUCUUGCACCAGCAUAAGCUGCAUGUCCACUCUGGGGAGAAGAGGAUGCUGUCGUGCCCCAAAAAAGGUUGUGGCAAAAAAUUCACUCAUCGCUUUAACUUGGAGAGUCAUGUACUGGGAGACCAUGAGGGCAAGAAGCCUUUUAGCUGUGCCUAUGCUGGCUGUGGGAAGAGCUUUGCCAUGAAGGAAAGCCUGUGGCGACACGGGGUGGUGCAUGACCCAGCAAAGAAAAAGCUGAAGAAACUGCAUCCUAAAAAGAAUCUGCCUGGGAGUACGGCACAGCAGGUCAGACUGGCAGCUGCAGCCAAUCAAGCAGAUGCCAACAAGCUUGCUGCAAAGCUGCGCAAUACAACUUUAUAGAUGAUACCAAAUCUUGAGGCUGCAUUAUUUAAAUAUCUGCUUGGAUGUUUUCAUUUAUAGUGAAAAUCACAUUUUUUUGUUUUUUCUUUAUGCCAAUGUGAA